AUGAUCAUUGAUAAUGAUGAAGAUGAACCUCAAGUGUCAGCAAUUGAAGCUAUCAACCCGGCUCCAGGCUCUGCCACCAUGCCUGCCGCGGCAAAGAUCUCAGUACCUCAUAACCCUAAGGAGAAAGGUAAAGGUCGUAAGGCCUUAGUAAAGGCUCCUGCUCGGGCAUCAACUCGCAUCAAAGGUUUGAAGGAGACAAUUCCACCCAUCAAAGAACCAGCAAAGCCUUCCCUUAACAUUAAGAGCAAAGCAACGGUACCGGCUCCGGUCAUCCCCAGCCUUCCUCCAAAACCCAACUUGAACAAUGAGCCUAGACGACUAUUGCGCUCCCAUUCCCAUCGGUCACAAGCUACCUCCGACAAACCGUCAUCCACCAGUCUUUUCACCGAGGUGGGCCCAGAAGCACAUGAAUCCCCCAAACAAGAUGGAUUGGCAUCAAAGGCUCCAGUCGAUGAGGUUGAAGAAAAAUCUGAACUGCUCAAAGAAGAAAGAUCGUCCUUGAAGAUACUGACAUAUUCCAUCUAG